GGAAAGCGGUGCUGUUAGGAAGAGGAGGCUAAACUCUGCACAUCCCCUUAUUUCCUGCUCUACGCAUUGGCGCCGUGAUGCGCGACCCGAGGGUGCGUGCGGACGGAGGCCCGGGCGGCUUCCCUGAUCCGCAUUAGCGGGCGGUGGGCGUGGCGCGCAGCCACCGCGGAUUGGCGAGCCCGGGGUAGCGCGCCUCCACGGCCAGGGCUCCGCCGCGACUGCAGCCGGCCGGAGUUCUGGGGAGUCGCCUUUGCGCUCGCCGCGGGGCGAAGACCCUGUUGCGCGCGAGGCUGAGCGGCUCGGUCGGACUCGGAGCCUGCGAGCGAUGAUGUCAGAGGGGGAGGCAGCGGCGGUAGCAGCAGCAGCAGCGGCAGCGGCGAGGCUGGGCUGAGGAGCGAGCGCCGGAGCUGGAGCGAGAAGGAGAGGGAGAGGCGCCCCGUGCCAAGCAGGCUGCGAGCAUGAAUGGCGGGGCGAGAAGACUCCAUCUUGGGCUGCCACCAGACGCUUGCCGCCGCCGCCGCGCCGCCACGCAGAGGGUCCCUUCCUGGCGUAUUUGGAGACAGGGGCUUGAGGAACAGCCACACAGCUGCCCAGUAGAUGUGGUCAACCUGUCCAGCUCUGAGGCAGCGCGAUGGCUCCGAUUGUGGAGGUCACGGACGUCAGCCACUCCAGCUCCCUUCUGGUCCAGCUGAACGAGCAGCGCCUACGUGGCCAGUUCUGCGAUAUUACCAUCAUCGCCGAAGACACGAAAUUCAAGGCCCAUAAGAACGUUCUCGCAGCCUCCAGCCCUUAUUUUAAGGAGGUGCUUUCGGAGGAGUCAGCGUCUCGCCAGCCGAGCCAGAUCCUGGAACUCCCAGAUAUCCAGGCUGAAGUCUUCUCGGACAUUCUCAACUUCAUCUACAACUCCCGCCUCUCGGUGCCCAGCCCAGCUGCUGCCAAGGAGAUUGGAGCUGUGGGCCGACGGUUGGGCAUCUCCCGCUUAGAGAAUCUGGAUGACCCCUCAGCUGAUGCCAACAUGGACAGUCCCAGCGUUGACUCCUCCAGGCCUUGUGGCUCACCAAUCGACCUUACCUGCUCUUCCCGCUCAGCCGAGCCUUCCAGCCCUCUCUGCUUCCAGGAUUUGGCCAAAGUACCUAGCCCAGUGAGGGACCCUCGUCCUGACACUGAAACAGAGACCGCCAAGAUCCUCUACAACCUCAGCUCGGUGGCCACUGCCCCACCACCUGACCUGGCUUUCACACUGAAGGGAAGUGUCGGUUGGGACCAAGACAAUCCUUCUGGGAAGCCCCCUGCUGCCACCACCGCCACGACCACCACCGGUUCUGAAGCCGCCGAAGCACCAGCCUCCCCUUGCUCAUCCCCAUCAGGGGCUUCCCACCCGGCCAGUAGCACCUUCUGCUGCGGAAGCUGCAGCCGCUCCUUCACCACAUCGUCGGCGCUCAGCCUCCACACGAAGCUCCACAGAACACGGCGUUCCUUGUCCUGCCGACACUGCGGGAAGAAUUUCAUCCACAUCAAGCGGCUGCAGACCCACGAAGUCUUAUGCAAGGAAGUGGAGAAACCCGAGGAGGGCGCUCCCGGGGGCGGGACGCUGCCAACUCCCAUGCUACCUUCCAAGCCUGCGGCAGCACCAGCAUCUUCCAAGAAAGGCAUGCUCUUCCGCCACAGGGGCCUGCCACGCCUGGACUAUAUCUCUGACCAAGACCAUUUUGUGAAAGUGGUGGAUGGCCACAUCAUCUACUUCUGCACUGUCUGUGAGCGGUCUUACAUGACGCUUUCGAGCCUCAAGCGCCACUCCAACGUUCACUCGUGGCGGCGGAAAUACCCGUGCCGCUACUGCGACAAAGUCUUCGCUUUGGCUGAGUACCGCACCAAGCAUGAGGUCUGGCACACGGGGGAGAGGCGCUACCAGUGCAUCUUCUGCUGGGAGACCUUCGUCACUUACUACAACCUGAAAACCCAUCAGAAAGCCUUCCAUGGGAUCAAUCCUGGCCUCAUCUCUUCCGAGAAGACCCCCAACGGAGGCUACAAGCCUAAACUCAAUGCGCUGAAGCUCUACCGGCUCCUGCCCAUGCGCUCCCAGAAGAGGCCCUACAAGACGUACAGCCAAGGACUGGUGCCUGAUAACCUCCUGCUCCCAGCUCAGCCCCUCUCCAUGCCGAUGGGUGACGGGGAAUCCUUGGAUGCAAACCUGGUCUCCUCGUUGGGUACUAACGAUGUUACUUCCGUCUUCACUGCUAACAGCGGUUCCCUGGAGUUGCCGGAGGCAGAGUCCUUUCAGCGGCAAGAAUCUGUGGGUGCCCCAGAGAUGCCCACACUCCCAGCUGUAGGUGAGAAGGCUCAGCAGGAGAAGCAAUCAAGGCCUGUGGGCACAGAGGCCCCCACAGUCAUUGCCUACGGACGUCCAGCCUCUUCUGUGAUUGUCCACAGCACUUCAGUGAUGUCGCAGCCCUCUUCGGUGAUCACGUAUAACAGCAAGUCUUCAGAGACACCAUCCGAUUCGGGACCCCCACCUCCGCGGUCAUCGUCACAGCUGCCACCUUCCACCGUUGUGGCCAAGCCACUCAAGAAGCAAGUCCUGAAGGAAUACAUCCAGUCACAGAAAGUGGCUGAGCAGGCCUUGGAAGAGAACGGGAGUGACCACGGGCACAUGGCCAGGGGACCACGGGCUGGACGUACCAUGACGUACAUGGCGAAGCCAGCGUGUAUGGGAGCAGCCUCGGAAAGCCGCUCUGCACCGCUCUGCCAGAUCACAGUGCGCAUUGGCGAAGAAGCCAUUGUCAAGCGGCGAAUCUCUGAAACAGACCUCAUGUUGGACAAAGGUGGCCGCAUGGGGAGUAAGCGCUGCUUUGAUUUUGGCAGGGACCAGAACGGGGAGAGGCAGCAGCCAUUACCCCCAGCCCCUCACAGCAAACGUGCCGACCGGGGAUAUGCCAAUGAGAGUGGUGAGGAGGACAGCGACCGGGGAGACACCGAAGACCAGCUCUGGCGGCCGUACUACAGCUACAAGCCCAAGCGGAAAGCAUGUGGCAGUGCCGGCAGCGCCGUGCCUAAAGUGAAGAAGUCUCGGUGGCGUCGUAAGCUGCGCUCGUUGCGCUGGAUGAAACGGUCGGAGAAAGCUGAAGAGGAGGAGGAGGAGGAAGAGGAGGAGGAAGCCAGUGUGGGGACCAGUGACCCGGUGUCUGUGGAGGUGUCUGCAGGCCUUGUGGGGGCCUCUGGAAGUGAGGCGACUGACUUGCCCCUCAAGGCAGGGAGUGGGAGCGGGCGGGGCUCUGAGUGGAAGCACGAGUGCAGCAUCUGUGGCAAGCUCUUCUCUGCGCUCAAGAAACUGAAGAAGCACGAGCGGGUGCACGGGCGCCUCAGCCGGGACGACCAGACCCCCACGUCCUUGCCGGCUACGCCCCACCGUGUCGGCCGCAAGCCGCUGGUCAAAUUCACCUGCACGCACUGCUCCAAGGUCUGCAAGACAGCGGCGGCGUUGAGCCGCCACAUGAAGCGGCAUGAGGGCGAGCAGCCUGAGCAGGCCCCGGUGCCGGCCCUCACCACUGUCAUCGCCUACUCCAAGAAGGCGGCCGACAUGUCUCCGGCAGCACCCUCACCGGUCGUCAAGGAAGAGACCAUGCAAGAGAUGCAGGUGUCAUCGUCCAGUGGCGAGGCCCCUGUGUGCCAGCAGGAGGCACCAGACGAGGGACCUGUGGCCAUGGAAAUGCAGCCCUACGAUGGCUGCCCCCUCGUGCCGGCGCCCGAGGAGGAAAGCCCCCCGCCGCUGAGGGAGGAGAAGUCCCCCUUUCACGAGGAACUGCCUGUUCCCCCAGCACCCCCGCUGGAGGCGACCACCAGCCUCGCCGAGAUGCCCCCAAGUUUGCCCCACUCCCUCCAAGACCCCGUCAUCUCGCAUACAGGCCUGGCCCAGAAGGAGGUCCUGGUGCCGCAGGAGGUUGAAGAGGACCGGUACCCAGUCCAGGAGUACCCGUUGCCCUUGCUGGUGCCCGGCAGCUGUCGGACCCGGAAGGACCUGGAGGACAAGCCCUCCUUCCUUGCCUACCCCAGCGCCAUCCAGUUCAACGCAGUGGGCAAAGCUGGUGGCAGCGAAGGGGACGGCAAGGUGAGCUUCUACCCCGACCCGUAUCCCCUGAUGUACGGCCACCAGCUCCUGGCCGCCUACCCGUACAACUUCACCCUGCCCGUCGCUCUGAACAUGGUGGUCCCAGAUGACAAGGGGCAGCCUCUCCCCUUCCUGCCCAGCGUCUUCAGCUACUCGAUGAAUCCGUGUCGGAGCGAGGUCCACGACGGAGGAGCCGGAUCCCACGGGGGUGUGGUGAUGGGGGGCGGUGCAGCUCGCGAGAGCAGAGGGGAACCAGCAGCACCCGAGCGGCUGAAGAAAGGAAGCCUUCUGUGAGGGACCAAGGGAGCUUGGGGUGUGUGGUGUGGGGCAGGCACUGUGAUGCUGGGCGGGGAGGGGGGAGGUCUGGGGAAGGCGAGGGGAGGCAUGCCGGUCUUCCUGUCGGUCCCGAGAGUGGGUCCACGUGCAGAGCGGCAGAGGAGCAAGGCUGGGCCGUGUCAGAGAGUUGAGAAGCCGGAGGGGAGUGGGACAGAGCCAUCUGGCCCAAGGUCUCCCCCACCCACCCACCCACUUCAUGUCUGUGGCGUAUUGCGUGGGGCACAUUGUAGGUACAAUUUAAAAGUAGCAAAAAUAGGUACAGGGUAACCCCUCCUUCCUCCCCUCCCAGCCCUCCUGCUCAGUAGACGCUGCCGUGAAGAGUGGAUUUGCACAACCAGGCCGCCCCCCACCAUGCGCGGCCGUCUGUCCCUUUCCCAGCACUGGUGGCAUCACCCCCUACCCAGGAGGAGCAUCAGUUGUGGGACCCACCAGAGGGUGUGUGUGUGGGGGGGUGCUUUCCCACGGCCCCUCCCACCAGAUGGCGCUCCAGGGUUUCCCUGGUCCUCCCUCCCCGCUGCUGGUUUUUCUGCAAAGUGGGAAAGGGGUGUGUGUGUCUGGAGGCACAGACCUCCCCCCACCGGCCUUGCCAGCCCCUUCCUCUGGUCUCUUCUUGGUUUGGGGUUGGGUUCUCCUUUUUUGCUCCCAGCUGCUUUUGGUCCUGCCCAGUUCAAGCCGCUUGGCCUCCGGCCAGACCUCUGCAGCUGCUGAGCAAAUGCGAGAGAGGGGCUUUUGUGUUUUGUUUUGCAGCUUGAAUGGGAUGAAUCACAUUUUCCUUUUGGCUGGAGGAGGGCGGUGCAGGGGGGCGGGGGCUGUGUGUUUCAGGGGGCAGGGCGUCUCUCUGUUGAGGCGCAGAGGGAGCAUUUCUGUUUGGGUUUUGGGUCUUCCGGAAACUUCCUUAGCCCAUAUUGCCAAAGGCUAGGGUGGUGUUGCAGAAACCCAUUUUUUACAUUGCACAUACACACACGGGUUGUGUGGGGCAGGGGGGAGGAGAGAUGCCGAUUGUCACCAUCUUAUCAUGCCCUGUGCUGGUGGUGGCGGGGUGGGGGGGGAGCUUUAAGUAUCAAUGGGGUGUGGGGUGGGUAACCAGACCGGAUUCCACUGUGUACCGUGACUUUAAUUUUCCCAAUGUUCAUCCCACUUGCAGAAGGAGGGGUCUUUGCCCCACACUGCAAAGCCCCUACGCACACCUCCAGCCUUUCUUUCAGCAGCCCCUCAUCUGCAACACCCUCCCCACCUAGACUAUCUAAGAUCAGCAAUAGUUAAAUUCAUAAUUACGUUUAGCAAUCAAAACUUCCUGUUCUGUCCUGUCCUUGUUUUUCAAGAACUCAAUCUUUAAGCUGCCUACUUCAAAAAAGAAAAAAAGGAAAGGGAAAGGGGGGGAAGCACCCUUCUUAAAGCAACAAGACAGUUUUGGAGAGAAAGCAUUUUCAUACAUGUGGCUUAAAUGUGGGAGAGCCUAGCUGCUGUGUUUGUCAUGCAGAUGAACAUUCUGGUCAGGGCAGGGUUUGCAUUUCACAUUACAACACUCCCCCCCCCCCCCGCCCCAAUGAAGCAAGUCCUGCCUCGAGCUUCCUGUAGUCUGUAGCGCUUGCAGCUGAAGUUUUUUUUUUUUAAAAAAAAAACCCCACAAAAGUUUUAAAUUGUGGAUAAGUUCCUUCCUCUCCAAGAAAUAUCCAGUAUAGGCAAUUGAAAGGUUGUUUGGGAUUUUUUCUCCCUCUCUUGCUACAAACCCAAAAAAACGAGUCUCUCAUAUUUUUUAGGAGAUUAGAGAUGACUGAUCCCUAGUACUGCAUUCCAGAAGGACAAAAGCUCCAUGUUUUGCAGGAAUGAAAACGUGAAAAAUAAGAAAAGCUGGCAAUUUGUGCACGAAAAGCCAAAGGGUUAGAAUUUCUGAGUUGCUUUUCAGUUCUUGGGAUGAUGAUGGCUUUCCCCCCUUCCCUGAUGAAAAUGUUCCGAAUUUCAAUACAGUCUAUGAACACUUUUCAGAAAAAAGGACCAAAACAGUGGAUAUCUUUAUACACUGACCAGUUUUUCAGGGGAGAGAGACCUGAGGAUUUGUUCAGGGGGAAACUCUCCACACGCUCUAUUCAGUGUGCAUCCAAUCUCUGCAGAGUGUACACUUCUGUAGGCACAUACAGUUAUUCACACCUGCUGUCCAGUGCCCGUAGCUCCCUCUCUGGAUCUUAUACUUGAGUGGGCCUGUACCCAGGCUGUCUUUGAAAAUGGACAGAGGGCUGGUCAUUCACGCAGAUGCAUGUGGACAGACAACUCUCUUGCAGCUGCACUGUCAUGUCUGAAUAGGGCUUAGGUGGACGCUCGAAACAGUUUUCCAAAAAUUGUCACUGUAUGGAGUUUUUGGAUGUCCACAAUAAAAAAGGUGGGGUGGGGGGAGGGAGUGGGUCAGUGGAGUAAUCCAGGUAACUUCCAAAAGGGUUAGGAAAAUGAGGAAUUGAGGAGAGAGAAAUGUUACAGCAGAUAGAACAUAUUUUUUAAUGAGUGUCACCCUUAUGAAAAUUUGCAGACAUUCCAUUUCCAGUGCUCCAGCACAGCUCCCGUUAGGUUCAGUGGGAGGUUUGUGCAGGAGAUUUUCCUGCUGGGUCACAGUUGCACCACUUCCAGUAGGAACUGGGAUCGCCUCCCCCCUCCGCCAACCCUCAGGGCGCCCACAACUCUCUCUGCUUCCUACAGGGAGCUCAAAACGCUUGCUCCUUUGCACCUACAGCCUUCCUGCUCACAGAAACGUCUUUCUAAAAUGGGGGCAGGGGUCUGAAAGAGGCGGGUAGUUGUCAGCUUUCAAUCUCAAGGCUUCCCUGGUUUUUAAGGGACCCCCGGUUCCCUCCCCAAUGGAGUCGUCUUUAGGGCUUGCAGUUGGCAACUUGCAUCCUGGCGCAGACCCCACCAGGCCACUCAAGGUUCAGCACGUGUGAGUGGAUCUGGGGCGGUGUGGAACGCGGUGGGUGGAGGGCAUGCCAUUUCUCUUGCUGACCCAGGGGUUCUCAAACCGGAGCCCCCAGAUGUUGUUGGACUUCAGCUCCCAUGAUCCCCAGCCACAGUGACCAACAUCUGGGGACCCAAGUUUGAGAACCCCCAGCCCUUUCCUUGGGUGCCCUGACGGCAGCUGUGCUGUCCUGAGAGUAUAGGAAGGUGGGGGGGGGGAAGAGACCAUGGGGCAGUGCCGGGCCGCCGCCUUGCUUCUGGAGGAAGGGCUUCCAUCAGUCUUUGGGGGAGGGGGGCAUGUGGCCUCUGAGCCUGCCUGAAGCGCAGCCGAGGACCCCCGUGCUCCUGUCGUGCAGAAAGUCAACUGACGCUCUGGGCAAGGCAGCCCCCCUCCCAACGCAGCGGGGGGGGGCACCUUCUGCCCACAAACGGCCCUCCCUGCCUCACCUUAGUAGCAUCCACGUCACAAGAGUGGGAUGCUCCCUCCCUCCCUCCCUCCCUUUCCAGCAUGGCUCAGCCCUGAGAUGCCCCCCUGCUUCUGGCAAGGGUGCCUUGUGGGGCAGAGUCUUCAGCGCGCCCUCCCCCCCCCCGCGCGCUUUUUGCUGCAGCGUCUGAUGCAUCCCACAGAGCAGCGCCCUGCCCUGCUGCUGCUGCUGCCGCCACCGGAGGCCCCUGCUUUGCUGCAGCGGAGCUCUCGGGCCCUGCUUUGCUGCAAUGCAGUCAGUGCAGAUCGCGCCUCCCCCGCGCCCGGCCGCCUCAUUCCCCCAGCAUAAGUGACGCAUUCUUCAGGGCUGGCCUUCUGGAGUGAACUGCUGGAAAGGGCAGGCCCUUCCGCUGGGACCCGGCUCUCCUCCUCCUCCGAGCAGCCCCACCCCCACUUGGGCAGGGAAGGCAGUUUGCAAGCCGGGCCUCCAGACCUUCCCCAAGGCGGCCUGCGUCCCAGCUGGGGGAGCUGCAGAGGCCUGGGGGGGGGCGGCCUUGGGUGCUGCAGACCCCGCUUGCUUCUUGGCUGAGACAUCAAAGCCAACGCGGCCGCUGCAUUCGGCUGCAAGAAGAUCUCGCUCCAGUCGGGAAUGCACUGCCAGCCCUCGACCCGCCACAAGGAGGCGGUGUGGGGCGGCCCCUUCUUUCCCUGGGCAGCAGCCACCCCCACCCCCCUCCCCGUGCAUUUUUUGGAGAGCAGUUGUGAGGCUCCUCCCAGUGAGGAAGCCCCUGCCGUGGGAGUAUGAGGGGGCAGGGUUGGCCAGGUGGCCGAGAGAGAGCACCAAAGGUAUCUGGGCAUGGGGCCCUGCGCCCCUCCAGCAGGGAAGGGGGCUUGGGGUCACCACCGGGGGCGGGGGGGCAGAAAGGCGGUCACUGACAUGUACAUAGAGCUGUCCGUGUCUCUCCGAUCUUUUGCACUUUGUCACUGGGGGGGCUCUCGGUGAUUGUUGAGCGUUUGCUACUGAAUGUAACUUGUCUUUUGUUUUUUUUUUCUCCUAGAAGCACCUCUAGCUAGUUUUAUGGCACUUUAGAAAUUUACUGAAACCAUUUAAAGAAAACAUAAAAAGGAAAACAAUACCAAGGGUUUUUAAAAAAGGAAAGGAAAAACAAACAAACUAUGGAAAAUGUUAAAUAAUAAUGAGGAUGAGUAAUUUCAGCCGCUUUUUCCCGGUCUCUGCUCCUAAGUGUGACAGUGUGAAGUCUGUUAGACAAAAAAUGUAUUUAUCUUUCUGCAUCUUUGUGUGUAACUCAAAUAACUUCUUCAGAAUAAAAAGACAAUUAUACACUCAA